AUGGCCAAGUCACAGGCAUUGGCAGCAACAUUGUUGCUUGUCGUGGUGGUGUCCCUUGCCGCAAUAGAGAGUGUUCAUGGCGUUUGCGGCAUGUCGAAUGACGAAUUCAAGCUUUGUCAGCCUGCGGCGGCAGUGAAUAACCCGACAAAUAGUCCAUCUGCUGAGUGUUGUGCCGCGCUAGGAAAGACAAACCUAUCGUGCAUCUGCCGCUACAAAGGCAUGGCCGGCAUAUGGCUGAAAAUGUAUCAUAUUGACGCACGUCGUGCCAUGGCACUACCAGGCAAGUGCGGACUUACCAUGCCAAGCAACUGCUCUUGA